GUCAGAGGGUCAGACAUAAAAAAUCUUUUCUCUGUCAUUGUUGUUUUUUCUUUUCAACUCCACAGUGAGUUCUGCAGCUCAGUGACAGCAUGGCAGCAGCAUUUGGACCACAAGACACUUUUCCCAGACGUCGCAGGAACAGCAUCGAACUUCUGCCACCCCACAUGUCUGAGCUCAGAGCUGUCCUGCUGGGGAACAGCUGGUCUGAGAGGAGCUCAGUGGGAAACCUGUUACUGGGAGAGAACAAGUUCAACCCUGAGGAAGAACUGGACCCAUGUGUGAGAGUCAGUGGACACAUUCAAGGGAAAGAAAUAGUUCUCAUCAACACUCCAGAUCUGCUUCAUCUUAAAAUCUCUGAGGACAAAAUAAAGGAACAUGUAGAAACCUGUGUGAGGCUCUCUGAUCCUGGACCUCAUGUGUUCCUGCUGGUUCUGCAGACUGAAGACUUCACUGAGCAUCAAAGAGUGAGACUCUGCAGAGUCCUGAACUUCUUCAGUGAUCAUUCCUUUAAUCAUUCACUGGUUCUGAUAUCACCACCCAGACAGAGGCGUCCGGGUUCAGGGCAUCGUGUCAUGUAUCGUACACCUAUACAGGAAAUGAUCAGACGA